AGAGAGUUCGACUGUCUGUUAGUGAAGAAGAAGAAGAAAAAGAAGAAGAAGAAGAAGAAGAAGAAGAAGAAGAAGAAGAAGAAGAAGAAGAAGAAGAAGAAGAAGAAGAAGGAGUCACAGAGGUUGAAGGAGCAGACAUCACCAUGACGACUGAAUACCACGAUGACACUGAAGACGAGAGCAGCUCCUUCUGGAACAAAGAACCGUCUCCUGUCUCCUUCGCCGGUGUCUCCAGGCUCAGACGCUGGUUGUUUCCUGGUUUGGCGGCUGCAUUCAUCCUGAUUCUUAUCAUAGCUGUGGGAGCCAGCAACACAAAGACGUCAAACCGUUUGUGGUCCAUGGAGAAAACUGUCGCCAACCUGACUGAUUCACUGAGUGCCGCACUGCAGCUCACCUCAGAUUCAGUUAAAGAAGUUAACCGGAUGAAGUUUGCUGUGGAUAAUAACAGGGACCAGCUGUCUUCAGUAUCGGAGGCCCUGAAGCAGCUCUCAGUUCUAGACACUCUUAGUAGGACGGUCGCUACACUCAAAUGUUCCUUCGAACGCUACAUGAACAAUGGCACAGCGGGGGCCGCCUGUUGUCCUGUGGGUUGGAACGUGUUCACCACCAGCUGUUAUUACUUCAGCAAGGUAACGAUGUCGUGGCAUGAUGCCAGAGACUGGUGCAAUGGACGUGAGUCUCACCUGGCCAUACUCAACACUGACGAGGAAUGGGACUUUGUGACGGGUCACACCACGGGCGCCUUCCACUGGGUCGGCCUGACCGAUGAGAGAACAGGGAGAUGGGAGUGGGUCAACCAGACACCGUACAUCAUUAACCGCAGGCGCUGGAUGCCCGGUCAGCCCGACAGCUGGACACAUCACGGCCUCGGCCGCGGAGACGAGGACUGCGCUCACUUGCACAAUGAUGGACGCCUCAACGAUCUGCACUGCUCCACCAAGAUGCGUUACGUCUGCCAGAGACACGGCCAGCGCAGCUAAUCGGCGGCGCCAACGCCAUACAGGCUCCGCCCACAACACACUGCUUGCAUCACGUGUUCAUCCACUGCACACUGUAAUAACACAACAUUAAAUCAUUUGAUCUCAACAAA